AUGAUCGGUAAAGAGCUGAAAACCGCCGGGCCGAAUCAGGAGGUAUUCCAAUCGUUUGCAGGACUCAACCACAGCAAACGCCUCCUUCUCGACAAUCGGCCAUCGCUCGCUCGAACCUCGAAAAGCGCCACUCAGGAAAGCCAACGAUUCGUGUCGCUGGUCAUUUGCAGGCAGUGCGAGAUCCUCGGAGGGGUUCUGAGUUGCAACCCAGCAACCCGUCGCACAGUCGUGUACCUGGAUGAAAGCUUCGUCCAUCAUCACUGCAACAAAAACGACAUCUCCAUGUACGAUCCUACCGAUGAUCUGGACGUCCAGCCCAAGGCGAAGCACAAAGACCGUCGAUUUUGCUUCAUCGCCGCUAUUGUGGACGACGGCCCCGACAAUUCGAAAAUCCUGUGCUACGAAAAGUUUGUUGGUGGAAAGCAAACGAAGGACUACCAUGGUAUGUUCGACAACUCGUACUUUGUGGACUGGUUUCGCCGGCUCUUGGAGGCUCUCCAGGACCAUGCUAUCGUCAAUGCCAUCAUCGUCAUGGACAACGCAAAAUAUCACAAGUGCAUACCAGACACCACGCCGAAGUUCACGUGGCGUAAAGCCGACCUCAUUGACGUCUGCGACACCCUUGGCAUCGCCUACUCCCCCAGUGAGCUGAAGGCUACCAUCUGGGCCAAGCUGCAGCCAUACACGUCUGCUGUC